AAGAAUACCUAUUUAAGGAGGUUGAGAGGUUUUCUUGUGUAGCGCACAACCCAUCACUUUUUCAUUUUCGGGCGCCGUAUGAUUUUUAGCUGUAGCUUGUAUCAUUCACGGUCCGAGGGGUGAGACAAAAACCGUGUGCGAUGUUUACGGCUCAACUCGCAAGCGGUCGAAUCAAACGUUUACUUUUAUGUUCUGCUUCUUGAAGAGAGACAAGCUCAGAGAGUGAAGCACCUGAGAAAGAGAAGAUGUACAGUUCUGUUUUUACGCAGACGCAUGUUAUUGGGCCUUCAUCGUCUUCCUGGAAAAGCUGCAGAAAGAUGGUGUCUGAUCCUGCUUGUUUUGCUGAUGAUCUUCUGGAUAGAGUUCCUUUACUUUCGGUAUUUUGAAGUCUGUGCACAAUUCUGCAAUAUCGUCCCUUUUAACUGAUGAAUGCUCAGCAAUGGCAAACAUGGAAAAAGAUAGAGACAAAAAUAUUGGAAUCAUGAGUUUGGAUCCAGGCUUGGAACCAUUUAAAGAUCACUUCAGAUAUAGGAUAGUGAGAUACGUGGAGCAGAAGAAACUUAUUGAAAAAUAUGAACGAGGUCUGGAAGAAUUUGCACAAGGUUAUUUGAAAUUCGGGUUUAACAGAGAAGAAAAUGGCAUUGUGUACCGUGAGUGGGCUCCUGCUGCACAGGAAGCACAAGUUAUUGGUGACUUCAAUGGAUGGGAUGGUUCCAACCACAUAAUGGAGAAGAACCAGUAUGGUGUUUGGGCUAUCAAGAUUCCUGAUUAUGGUGGAAAUCCAGCCAUUCCACACAAUUCAAGGGUCAAGUUUCGUUUCAAGCAUGGGAAUGGAGUAUGGAUUGAUCGAAUUCCUGCAUGGAUAAAAUAUGCCACUCUAGACACCACCAGAUUUGCAGCACCAUAUGAUGGUGUGUACUGGGACCCACCACCUUCAGAAAGGUAUGAAUUCAAACAUCCUCGCCCUCCUAAUCCCAAGGCACCACGUAUAUAUGAGGCUCAUGUAGGAAUGAGUAGCUCAGAACCCUGCAUAAAUUCAUAUAGAGAAUUUGCUGAUGAUGUGUUACCUCGUAUACAGUCCAACAACUAUAACACUGUCCAGUUGAUGGCUAUUAUGGAGCAUUCCUACUAUGGAUCCUUCGGUUAUCAUGUUACAAACUUUUUUGCUGUUAGCAGUAGAUCUGGGACCCCUGAAGACCUCAAAUAUCUCAUUGACAAAGCUCAUAGCUUAGGUUUGAAGGUCCUGAUGGAUGUUGUUCACAGCCAUACAAGUAACAAUGUGACUGAUGGUCUUAAUGGCUAUGAUGUCGGCCAAAGCUCUCAAGAGUCUUACUUUCACACUGGAAAUCGGGGGUACCAUAAACUCUGGGAUAGCCGAUUAUUUAAUUAUGCUAACUGGGAAGUUCUUCGCUUUCUUCUGUCCAACUUGAGAUGGUGGCUUGUGGAGUUCCAGUUUGAUGGGUUUCGAUUUGAUGGUGUAACAUCAAUGUUGUAUCAUCACCAUGGAAUCGAUUCAGUAUUUACUGGAAACUAUAAUGAGUACUUCAGUGAAGUGACUGAUGUUGAUGCUGUUGUUUAUUUAAUGCUGGCCAAUUGCCUGAUUCACAACAUCUUGCCAGAUGCAACUGUGAUUGCUGAAGAUGUAUCAGGUAUGCCAGCUCUGGCUCGACCUGUGUCUGAGGGGGGAAUCGGUUUUGAUUACCGUCUGGCGAUGGCCAUCCCUGACAAGUGGAUUGAUUGCUUGAAGAACAAGAGGGAUGAAGAAUGGUUAAUGAAAGAAAUUUCAUGGACCUUGACAAACAGGAGAUACACUGAAAAGUGCAUUUCAUAUGCUGAGAGUCAUGAUCAGGCCAUUGUGGGUGACAAGACCUUUGCUUUUCUCCUAAUGGAUAAAGAAAUGUAUUCUGGCAUGUCUUGUUUGAUGGAUGCUUCUCCUGUUAUUGAGCGAGGGAUUGCCCUUCACAAGAUGAUUCAUUGUAUAACAAUGGCGUUAGGAGGCGAGGGUUAUCUAAACUUUAUGGGAAAUGAGUUUGGUCAUCCAGACUGGAUUGACUUCCCAAGAGAGGGCAAUGGUUGGAGUUAUGAUAAAUGCAGACGCCAGUGGAACCUGGUGGACACAGAUCACUUAAGAUUCAAGUUCAUGAAUGCAUUUGAUAGGGCUAUGAAUUUGCUGGAUGAUAAAUUUUCAUUCCUUGCAUCGACAAAACAGAUUGUGAGCAGCACUAGUGAAGAAGACAAGGUUAUUGUGUUUGAGCGUGGAGAUUUAGUUUUUGUGAUCAAUUUUCAUCCCAAGAAUACAUAUGAUGGGUAUAAAAUUGGGUGCGAUUUUCCAGGGAAGUACAGAGUAACUUUGGACAGUGAUGCUUGGGAAUUUGGUGGACUGGGAAGAGUCAGUCAUGAUGUAGACCAUUUCACAUCCCAAGAAGGGAUACCGGGGUUGCCAGAAACAAAUUUCAACAAUCGUCCUAACUCCUUUAAAGUAUCGUCACCGCCUCGCACUUGUGUGGUUUAUUAUAAGGUUGAGGAAAAUAUAUAGUGAUGCUGAGUACGGCUGGCUGGUGGCAAGGAGAGUGGUGGAUGUCGUGACUCUGCAGGAGGGAGCUGAAGAGGCAGUUGUGGCCGUGGCCAGUCAACUUUAACUGAUGAUGAUGAGGGCAAGGAUAAAACUUGGGUAUAUCAUCAGAUGACUGAGCGACCCUUUAUUUCAAAACCGGCAUUCUAAGCCGAAAAUC